UAUCGUGACUUGUCAGUGACUCGCAGAUGAAAUAUUUGCCUUAGCCUUCGGCUUCGGAAAAUAAUUGCCACACUGUAACAGACAAGAAGCAACGAGGGACUAGUACAUAUUUACCAUGAAGUAAAGGUUUCCAUGCAACUAUUUGAUUACAGAAAACUUAAACACUACGAAUAUUGAAAUGCACGACUGUAAAUUAUUUAUUACCUUCCACAAAAGGGAUUUUAGCAGAUAUCAUGCCCAAUUUUAUGAUUUUUUUUUUUAGUGAUUUUAUUCUUCAUUUGUUAUCGUUCCUUCUCGUCCUUUUGAAAAAUAAUUAGCAUAUUUCAUGCGAUACAAGUGAAUAUGUUUUAAAAUAAUUUUACAGAGAUGUAGAAUAUUUCUUUUACUGCUGUUCGCUCGCUCGCUGCGUUACACUUCACACUACUGUCGAACAACGAAAAGGUAAGAAAUGUAUUCUAGUAAAUUAUUCCCUUAGUCUACCUCCAAAAGAAUGCGUUUUUACAGUGCGGCUUCUUGAACCAAACGCAACUUAGCAAGUUUUUUUUUGUAAAACUGACUAGUGCUAAAACAAUAAGACGAUCACGAAUUCAUUGUUUUUCUUGGGUACAACCACCUCAGAUCGAUAACUUGUGGGAAAACGAUAUAUUGUGAACAUUUGUACAGAAUUUUGUCGCGAGGCCCUAGUUAAAACCUUAGUUAACAAUGAAGGAAGGCUGAUUACUACCAGGAAAUCGACAUGAUAGAGCAAACAUUUGCAUUUGAGUUUCAUCUGAGAUCAUUACCAUGUGCGUCUAGGAGACAAUUGGCCUUCGAGCUUGCUGUUCUAUUUUUAGCUGCUACACCUUGCUGACGAGACCCAACCAAGUCGAAACAGCUGUCCACGGUUGCAAUCCUUGGCUGUGCCUCUCCUCUGAGCCCUCUACCGGUCAAUCCAAGAUGGCGGCAUCGAAAACCUGGUCCAUCGAGUGUUCCGUUCCAAUAAAACGCCUGCACUGCAGGCUGACAUGGUCUAAAUAAGACCCGUUUAAAUCUACAGGGCCAAUUAUUUUUCAGGUUAUCGAUUCACGACCACUGAGAUGCUUCUAAGACGAAAAUGGUUUCCUCUGCUGUUCACCGGGCUCUUGGCAAGCUCGUUCUUGGCUCUCUACUUUGUCAAAGUCGAGAACAGUGGAAGCUCCAUUUUCGAGGAUACGUCUUGCAAACAGCCCACCAUCCGCUCCAAAGAAAAUGCCGAGUCGCAUUUCCUUUCUCCAGCAGAGGAACUUUUCAAAUUGUACGAUGGGGUGGAGACAUUUGUAAUGUUCAUCGGAUAUCAACGAAGCAGUCACAGUUUAGUGGGCGCCAUAUUGGACGCCCACCCAGAAAUUAUCAUUCCGAGCGAGUUCGAUCUGAUGACAAGAUGGAAAAAAUACCAGGCACCAGAACUUAUACAGAACAAUUUACAGAAAUAUGCUUUAUUUUAUGACCUUCACCGUCUCUCCAUGAAACAAGCUAUGUUUGGAAUACGCGCUAACUUCAAUAAUACUAAACCUACUGGAGAGUUAACUGCUAAGUAUACAUAUCACGUGCCUGGUUUGUGGCAAGGAGGUUAUCAAAAUAAAAUUAAGGUUAUUGGAGACAAAAAAGGAGGUGUUACGUCAGGUAUACUAAUGGACCCGAGAAGUAUGAGUGAACUAGGAGAAAUCAGUCAACUUGUUCAAGUACCAAUGAAAUUCAUCCACGUCACCAGGAACCCCUUUGACAACAUAGCAACCAUGACACUUCUCAAAUCAUGUUCACGUAACGCUGCGAAAGAAUUCGAAGCGGGAGAAAAAAUAAACCGCAAGAAUUACCUAGAAAGGAGCAUUGGACAAUAUUUUGAGUUAGCUGCCUCAAAUCAACGCGUCAGAGAACGGUACAGUGAUGCAGUUCUCGAUAUUCCAGCACACGAAACAGUGCUAAGACCUCGUGAAACGCUACAAAGAUUGUGUGACCAUUUAGGUGUCACGUGUUCGGACGAUUACUUUGAAAAAUGCAGUAAAGUCAUGUUCGGAACGCCGUCAAUCACGAGGGACAAAGUAGUUUGGACUGAUGAGCAAAUAAAGCGAGUCACGGAGAUGAUGAAAAGUUAUCCUUUUCUGAAAGACUAUUCGUUUGAUAAAUACCCUUCCUAAAAAUGCGUCAAGGAUUGUUUGACUUUUAAGGUGCUAAGUCACGGUAUUUUGACCACGUACAAAUUACCAUUAAAUUGAAAGGAACCUGAAAAUAGUAGGUAACCAAGACAGAAAAACACAAAAGAGAUAAUAAUAAGUUAUAAAGGAACAAGGAUGGAGAAGAUUUGCAUGGAUUGCAAACGGCGGCAUACUUGAAAAAUUUAGACUGAAUUUUUCAAAAAAACCGUAACGUAGUUCCUUUAAACUCUCGGGUGAGCAAAUUUAUUCCUACAUAAUGCGUUAUUUUCAGGGAAGUUUUAAUUUAUUUUUAGGUUUCUUUUCAAUUUAAAUGUGUCAUGGCAUGCGUUUGUCUUUUAAUAUCAGGCCAGUUGGUACAGCUUCAACUCUGUAAGCGAAUAUUCAAAAUUUGAAUUUUGUAAUCCAGCAAUAAUGAAUACUUGCCAUGGCGAAAAAUUAAGGCUGAUGACGCAUUGAUAUCAGCCACCAUUUUAGAACGCAAUCUCUUGGAUUUCUUCAUUUUCCAAAAACGUCAUAAAACGAUAAAAAUCGAGUCAAGUUCGAUUCAAAAUCAAUGAAAUAUUGUUGAAAAGCCCUAAACACUUUGAAAUACCUGCAUGAAAUAAAAUAGUUUUCAAGUUGUAAGAACAUGUCGGCCAAAUAUGGUAACCGUGGAAACAUUACGUUUUGAGUAUAGCCUUGCAGACGGCCGGUGCGACUAAAAUUUGAAUUGACUGAGAAUGAAAUGAGAAUUCAGCAGGCAGGAAAAACUGUGCUGUCCUGAUGCAAGGUAUUGAAGUCGGGCAUCUUUUCUCACCGGUGAAGGCAUUGAAUAUUCACGAAAAGGGAUAUAUAAUUCAAAAAAGCUAUAUCAGAUUGUAAAAAGUGAAAAAAAAAAAAAAAAAUGUGAGUCUCCAAACUUUUAAUUUGGCGCCAAAAUGGGUCUUCAGCGUUCGGCACCUCACUCAUCGGUCGCUGUCGCCAGAUAGGAUAAAAGUUGUGUCAUUUUGAAUAAAAUGUGCUACCCCUCAUCAAAUUAAACCCGGAAUUCUCGAAUUUUUUGUUGUUUGCGUAGAAAAAGACCAUUAUCGUGUCGUUUCGGUAGUUCAGCUCGGUCCUGACUGCCAUUAGUUAUACCAAAUUGUUUCCAGAUCAAUUUUAAGGAACAAACGAAAGUCUAGCAGUCUAUUGCUGGUUUGCAAUAUCACGCAAUCAAAAAUAAAUAUCGUAACCCAUUCAAUGAAUUAAGUUAAGAAUCUGGGAUAUGAUAGAGGAUUGAUAUAUA